UGAACUCUAUAUGCCCAGCACCAAUGAAGACCGGAACAUCAACUUUGAAUCCGUAUGCAGAAUCAUAUGUGCCUAUUUCGAAAAGAGGGGCACCUGAUGGAAACAAAGAAGCUAGAUCUCCAAAAGAGUUCAAGAGUGGAAGUGAGGCUGUUUGGUUGGCAUCUGGUGUGACAGCUGCACGAAAUCAACACCUGACUCCCCAAAGUGCUGAUCAGUAUAAACUGAAAGGCCAUUCGGCUUAUGGCUCGCGAUCACAUAGUCCAGUAGGAUCUAUGGGUAAACAAGUUCUGGGUGAGGAAUCUUACAUGGAUUUGGCUUAUCUUCAGAUGACAUUUCCUGGAAUGUCAGAUGAAUCGCUGUCUGAGGUUUAUUUAGCAAACAAAUGUGACCUUGAUGCUGCUGUUGACAUGCUGAAUCAGCUUGAGAUCUACUCAGGUGAUUAUUCUGAACAGCUUCCAGACACUCUUGACAUUGGUGAUGUGUCGGACUUGGGGAUCUCGGGCGAAAGCUCAUCUCAGAAAUUGAAGACGGUGAUAGGCGAACCUGCUACAGUUGCUUCAUCAUCUGGUUUAUCAGAUUCAGGUCCAGGCAGUUAAAGAUGGUUGUGCUGAAGUUUGUUACGGUUUUCAGAAGUCUUGCUGUAGAUAUGGAAGUGUGAAUUCUAAAGGAAUUUUUUUUUUUUGGGGUUAAAAUUCUCCAUAGAUACAUCUUUCCCUAUCAUUGUAUAGGUUACCUCCGUACGCUUGUGUCUUUCAGCAUUGGAUUCAAGCUCUUCACUAGAUAAACUAGUGAUUAAAAUUUUCUUCUUGACAGUCUAAAUAUCUGCAAUACAGGAGAAGAAUGGUUUCCUGUCAUAGAGAUGUUUAUUUCUUGUGCAAAUGAAAUCUCUCUUGACAUGCAAAGAUAUGAACAAAAUCUUGAUAGCUUUCGACAUUGUCAGAUUUUCAUGUGGAAAAGCUUCCUUGUUUUUUUUGAUUA